UCACAUUCUCUGUAAAGUUUCACAUUCUAAAGAAAGAGUACAAAAUGGCCUGCCCAAUAGAAGUGCAAAAGGCCUUCUUUUUGUCCUCUAUAGCAACUUUCUUAGUUGGACUGGUCAUUUUAUACAUAGGCAGGCAAGUAAGGAUUCUGUCAAGAAAAUAUGACUUCUUCAGGCUGAAGCAUAAUAGAUUCUGCUCUGCCCCCUGACCUUCACUCUGCAUGUGUCUUCCUGCUUUAAAUGUAUUUCUUGUAGGCAGCAAAUUGUAGGAUUCUGGUUUUUGACACAUUCUGCUAUCUACUUCCCAUUUUAUGGGUUUUAUGAUCAGAAGAAAGAUAUGGUCAGUCCUCUCUUGGUUGUGCUUUUGUCUUCAAGUGAUCACAAGCACUUCUUUCCUCCUUGGAAAGUGGCCGCCACCAUCGAAUAGAUUAAAAUUCAAUCGUUCGAAGAUGUACAAAUUUCAUACGAUCUUUCAUGAACGUAUUGACAUGUUGAUCUCAGGACAGACUUUUGUGGGUCGUUUACUGAUGAUCCUUGUCUUUCUACUGAGCAUUGCAUCCCUUGUAAUCUAUUUCAUCAGCUCAUCAAAUCCUGCGUCAAACUGCUCAUCAACAGAUACCAAUAUUCUACUUGUUGAUUUGGCCUUCAAUGUUUUCUUUGCCUUUUAUUUUGGGUUGCGGUUUUUGGCCUCUGGUGACAAGAUCAAAUUUUGGUUGGAGUUGAACUCCGUGGUUGAUAUAUUGACUAUUCCACCAACUUUUAUUUCCUUUUAUCUGCAUAUUAACUGGUUAGGUUUAAGGUUCCUGAGAUCUUUCAAAUUGCUAGAACUCCCUAUAGUAUUACAAUAUCUACGAAUCAUCAAGUCUGGUAGUUCAGCAAAGUUUUACAAAAUCGUAUCUUUAAUUUCCUGCACUUGGCUUACUGCUGCAGGAUUCCUUCACCUAGUGGAAAACACAGGUGAUCCUUGGCUCAAAGGUAGAAAUUCCCAUAUAUUGUCUUAUUUUGAUGCUUUUUACCUUGUCAUGGCAACAACAUCAACUGUUGGCUUUGGAGACGUGGUAGCCAGGACAACCCUGGGACGAGCCUUCAUCAUGUUCUUCAUCCUUCUGAGUUUGAUACUAUUUGCAAAUUAUGUUCCUAAACUUGUGGAAACCUUAACAGGAGGCCAGAAAUAUGCCGCAUCCUAUAAAGUGAUCAGAGGAAGAAAAUUCAUUGUGGUCUGUGGAGACAUCAGUGUGGACACUGUAACAUCUUUCCUAAGAAAUUUCCUCGGCCACAGAUCAAGGGAAAAUAAUAAUGAGAUCAUUUUCCUGGGAGAAUCCCUUCCUUCUCCAGAGCUAGAAAUAAUUUUUAAACUCUAUUUGGCUUAUGCUCAUUUUUAUCAUGGAUCAGCAUUGAAAAGGGAAGAUUUGAGGAGAGUUGCGGUGGAAUCUUCAGAAGCCUGUCUGAUUUUAGCUAACCCUUCAUGUCCUGAUUCACACAUGGAAGACACUGCUAACAUCAUGAGGGUGCUCUCUAUCAAGAACUAUUAUCCAAAGACCAGAGUCAUCAUACAGAUAAUUCAACCCCAAAACAAGGAUUACCUGCUAAAGAUUCCCCACUGGAACAGGACUUCUGGAGACAACAUCAUCUGCUUUGCUGAACUGAAGCUAGGAUUAAUUGCUCAGGGCUGUUUGGUUCCAGGUUUAGCAACUUUUCUAAUUUCCCUUUUUAUGGAACAAACUGGAAAGGCAAUCCCCAAACAUCCCUGGCAGGAGCUUCUUGUAGAUGGCCUGAGCAACAAAAUCUUCACUCACUUCCUCUCCUGUGAUUUUGAAGGAAUGAGUUUCCGUGAAGUUUCCCGACUCUGUUUUGUGAAGCUUCGCCUCAUGCUGAUAGCCAUUGAAUAUAAAACAAAGGAGAAUGGAUUCAGAAGCUUAAUGUUAAAUCCACCUGAAAUGAUUAAAGUAAACAGGAACACCAUCGGAUAUUUUAUUGCUAAAUCUCUACACGAAGUUAAAAGAGCCUUUUUGUACUGUGUGAACUGUCAUAGCGAUGUAAAUUCCCCAGAGAUCAUUGGACACUGUGCCUGCAGAUCCAAGAAAGAACAGAAAAGUCACUCAAGCAUAUCUCCUGGCAAUAUGAGACAUUUUCACAAUAAAAGGACCAACGAAAUCAACAUAUUUGAUUCUACAAAAAUACUAUCUAAACAGACUGCCCUCACACCAGACUUCAUCAUGAGGGAUACAAUUGCUUUUGACAGAGAUAUGAAGAAUGACCUUUUUGAUAGUAGUGGCCUGUUCCAUUGGUGUACACCCAUCCUUCUGGAAAAUGCAAUUCUGAAACAAGGUGAUAAUACCAAGACAGGAUUGCAGAACCAUAUUAUUGCCUGUGUCUUUGGAGAUGCUCAUUCACCCCUGCUGGGGCUUCGGAACUUUGUGAUGCCCUUAAGAUCAAGUAACUAUACCUUCAAAGAGCUGAAGGAUAUUGUGUUCAUUGGGUCUCUGGAUUACCUGAAAAGAGAAUGGCAGUUUCUGAAAAAUUUUCCCAAGCUCUACCUAUUCCCAGGAUCUGCUCACUCUCAGGGAGACCUCAAGUCAGUCAACAUUGAAAAAUGUUCAAUGUGUGUUAUCCUGUCCUCCCCUUCUGACCUGUCAAACAACCAGAGAACGGUCGAUGGAGAGGCCAUCUUGGCUACUCUAAACAUUGGAACCCUUCGCUUGGAAACUAAUAAGACGUUAAACACAAAUUUGCUAGAAAAGUGUUCCAGACUUUCUUCAUAUUCCAGUCCAUUUCAAGGAAAUUUUAGACGGAUUCCCAUUCUUAUUGAACUGAAAAAUGCUUCCAACAUUAAAUUUAUUGAUCAACUCUGUGGAAUGAACCCUGACCUCCCAGAAGCAAACCUGUAUUUCAGUACCUCCUUCUCUACAGGUGCUGUCUUUUCAUGUGACUUUUUAGAAUCCCUCUUUGCCACGGCUUUCUAUAACUAUCAUGUCCUAGAAUUACUCCAAAUGCUAGUGACAGGUGGGGUGAGUUAUGAAAUGGAGCCAUAUGUGGGAAAUGAGAAUGCUGCCUUCUCUGAAAGCUGCUUUUCAGUGUUGAUUACAAGAGGCCGGUGUAAGCUGGGUCUUCUCUCCUUGAACCAAACAAUGUUAUUGGAUCUUCCUGCUAGGGAUACUUUUGGAGAAGUGUUCUGUGCAUCACUGGACAAUUUUGGAAUCCUGUGCCUUGGCCUAUAUCGUCUGAUAGAUGAUGAAUCCAGAAAUCCACUACAUAAAAGGAAAGUAUGCUACUUUUGAAAAUGCAGAUUGAACAGACGGGUACAAAAAAAGCAGUCUAAAUUCAAUCUUGAUCAUUAAUAAAUUAAUGUAGAACUGGAGGUUAGAGAAGACAGAGAGAGGCUACAGAAGGGAUGAGUUGUAGUGGCUCCAGGGUCCUGGGCAUAAAGUUGAAAUGACAGAUUGAACCCUUAAAAUAAGUGAUUAUUAAAUAGCAGGAGACAACAGACCAUCUCUUUCUUGACCUAGAAGCUUUGAAAUUCUCAAAUGGCUUAAGUCCAUUUCUGUCUUUGACUCUCCUGGUAGGAAAUCUUCCUUCAGCCACGACCACUUUGACUCUUUGGAUGGUGUGGCAUGUGUUUGUUUUCUUGCUAGAAUGUCCAGGUGCUCAAUAAAUUAUAACCAUUGAAUGUGACAAUAUAGAGGACAUGUCUCCAUCAAGAGAGGGAAAUAUUUUUUCUUUACUCUUGAAUUUUGAUCUUAAUCAGUGAAAUAAGCUUUCCCCCCUUUCUGACAAUCAAUUGGUUUUCCUUCCCUGUAGAAAUACUACCCUUGUUUGCUCAAAACACAGCUCUACUGCAGGUGUUGGUGGAGACCUCAACUUUUGAUUUCUUUUACAGGUUUGUGAUUGCUCGGCCAGACAAUGAUUUUAAACUACAGCCUACAGACUUUUUGUUUUGUGCCAUCCCAUUCAACGUUGCUAAUUAUAAUCAACCAGUGGCAGAUUUUCACAAUUUAAAAACAGUAACACUAACUCCAAAUUUAUCGAAACAAGAGUCUCCCAAGCAUAGGUUAACCAGUGAUUCACCACCUUCACUUUUAAAAUUAGUGGAAAAACCAUCAGCACCCAUCCAUUCAUUUUCUCCAAGACAUACAUCAACAGUUAGUGGUGGGAUCAGGAUACAAAAUUUUAGAGACAUAAAGAGAGUAGAAGUAAAGAAAGAAGGCAUAGGAGGGGGAGAAAUGGGGGAUGGAGGAAGCAAAAAAAGUUUCACUAGAGGAAUAGGACUAGAAACGAAAAGAGAAUCAGAUGAUGAGGAAACACAAGUACAAGUUGCAUCCUCUUAUAAUAAGCCUUCAAUAUUCAGGAUUUCAAUGCUUGGUAAAACAUUAUUCCCAUAAUCAUUGGUAUCAGAAGACCAGAAGUAAACAUCCAACCUGUCUGAAGCCAAAGAGAGGUCAAGCUGCCAAAAAUACAGGGGGGAAAAUCAGGAAAGAGAUAGUCAUCCAGAAACCACUAAAGAAUUUUCGGUGACUACCAGCAAUAUGCCAUUAGAUAUUACAACUCAGUUGCAACAAAAUGUCAAGGAAACUACAUCAAAAUCAGACAGUUUAAUCUCUGUGAAAUCAAAAAUAAAGACAGAACAAAAUUCUUAGUCAUUCCAAAGGAAUACAUUAUAAUAAAUAAAUAAGUCCUUAUGUCUCUGCAGUAAGAGUCCAGUAUUCAUUUCCUCAAGAGCAGAAGAACUGUUGAUUCUCGUCUUGGUUCAGCUAUUUACCAACUGUAUUUUGUUUCUAGUCACUAUAUAAACCUCUGGGUCUUCAUUUCUUCAUUUUCAAAAUAAAUAGGUUGAGCUGGAUUCAGUUCAAUUACACACACACACACAUACACAUCGUAUAAUUCAUAUAAGGAAUAAGACAAAGCAAUAAUUUUUUACAGCACUACUACAUGAAGGAAUUUUGUAGAGGAGAGAAACGUGCACAAAAAUGAUAAAAGGGUAGGAUCUAUUUUUUAUUCCUCAUAAGGAAGAAGAGGCAGGAAAGUUUCUUCUAGUUUUUGAAACAUGAAUUUUCUUUUAUUUGAAGUUUAUUAUUCUUUUGAUCCUGUUUCCUAUUCUCUUUUCAACAUUCCCUUUUCCUCUUCUGUGAAAGCAGUCCAAACUUGAGGGAACUGAGCAGGAAGUGGACCAAACUGGAAAGUCUGGACUAAGGAGGUAAGAUUGAAAUUAGGGAUAGGCUGAAUUUUUUAAUUUUCAAAGCCAGUAUUUCUACUUAGGAGGUCAACAACACUGUUCACCACACAAGCAUAAAGGACAAUAUUCAUCUAAUUUUCAGUAGUAUAUAAGAUUCAAAAGUAGUAUUGUGUAAUGAAAAUUUAGAUCUGAAGUAAAAAAAAAAAAACAGGUUCAAAUGCUAAUUCUGUGAUUACCCAUGUUACCAUGCACAUAUCAGUUCAUCUAGCUUUCUCUCACCUGGAAGAUAAAGGCAUUAGACCAUAUUAUUUUUUGAAGAAUAUUCCAGCUCCAAUUCCUAAAAUCAUUAGACCAACUGCCACUAGGGCAAUUAAUAAAGGAGACAAAACUCUAUUAUAUUCUUCCUAUUUGCUCCUCUUUACUCCCUUGCCUUUCAGGUGCCUAACUGAUGAAUGUAUAUUACUUGCUUUCAUCUAAGGUCCUUGCAGUGUGAGGAUAUGAAAAGGACACUGGAUUUUAGGGAUCAGAAGUCCUGAGUUUGAACCCCAGCUUUGUCAUUUGUCCUUGGAUCCUGUGCAAGUCAUAUUCCUGGGCUUCAGUUUCUUCAUCAGUUAAAUAAAAAGAUUUGACAAAAUAGCUUCCAAAAUAUCUCCCAUUUCUGGCAUUCUGGGAUUCAGAUGAACCUCAAGAAGGCCUAUAAUUAAUUAUUCAAAGUAUCCUACAGUGUUAUGAAUAUAGAAUUUAUAGGACUUAGCAAAUGAUUGGAUAUUGGGAAAAGGAGUAAAGAGUGAGGAAAUGAUGAAGAUGCCUCCAUUUUGAGCUUGGAGACUGGGAGGAUGAUAGUGUCUUUGGUAAUAGUAAAGGUAGGAAAUAGGGAAUAUUUGGAGGGGGAGGAAAUAGCUAAUUUUGUUUUGGACAUGAUGAGUUUAAGAUGUCUGCAGAAUAUCCAACUAUAGAUGUCCAAUAGACAGUUGGAGAUCAGACUGAAGGUCAUGACGAAAGGCUGGAUAGGUAGACUUGGUAAUCAUCAACAUAGAAAAGAUAAGUGAAUCCAUUGGAGCUGGUAAAAGAGCAUAGAAGAGAAGAGGACUAAGUGCCAAGCCUUGGGGUUCCCUACUUUACAAAUAGGCUUAUCACUGCAAGUCAGAUGUAUAGGAGGAUAUCCAGGAUGCAUCAGUACCCAUAGAAACCUAGUAUUGGUGAGAAGAGGUGAAUUGAAAGUGUCAGA